UUCUAUACUGUAGUCAGAAAAAGAAAAAAGUAGAUCAAAUCACCAUGUCAUCCGUUGAUUUGGGUUCGGUUAAACUAGAUGAGUGCGUGGUUCUUUCCGGUAUAUCCGGGCGAUUUCCCCAGACGGACAACAUGCGGGAGUUCGCCAAGAACCUGUAUGACAAACGGGAUUUGGUGGACGAUAAGGAAACGCGUUGGCUGCAUACCAUACCGGAAAUUCCGCGCCGUACCGGAAAGAUCAACAAUCUGGACAAAUUCGAUCGGGAGUUUUUCGGUUACAGUCGCAAUCAGUGCAAUGCCAUGGAUUCACAGCUGCGGUUGUUGCUGGAGCAUGUCUACGAAGCAAUCGUUGACUCCGGCACCAAUCCGGAGACGUUGCGAGGUUCGCGAACCGGAGUCUUCGUUGGAGUGUGCUUUUCGGAAACCGAAGCUAGACUGUUCUACCAGUCACGCCCUCCGAAAGGCUACGCUUUGCUAGGAUGCGCCAAGUCCCAAUUGGCCAACCGGAUUUCCUACUUGUUUGACUUCCGUGGACCGUCGUUGAUUUUGGAUACGGCUUGCAGCAGUAGCAUGUAUGCCUUGGAUGUUGCCCGUAGAAAGAUCAUGAGUGGCGAAUGCGAUGCCGCGAUUGUAGCAGGAACGAACCUUUGCCUGCAUCCUUACAUUUCCUACCAAUUCGCCCUGCUCGGAGUGCUGUCCAGAGACGGAGUGUGUCGCCCGUUCGAUGAGAAUGCUUGUGGAUACACUCGGUCGGAGGUUAUCUGCGCUGUAUUCUUGCAGAAAUCAAAGGACGCCAAUCGAAUCUACGCUCACGUUCUCCAUAGUAAAACCAACUGUGACGGCUUCAAGUCCGAAGGCAUAACCUAUCCGUCGGGAGUAAUGCAAAAGCAGUUGAUGAAUGACUUCUACGACGAAUUGUCUAUCGAUCCGCGAAGCAUCGCCUAUAUCGAAGCACAUAGUACGGGAACCGUGGUCGGAGACCCUGAGGAGUGUGAUGCGAUCGACAAGAUCUUUUGUGCCAAACGCGAUCGUCCAUUGCUGAUAGGUUCAGUCAAGUCCAACAUUGGCCACUCGGAAGCAUCGGCUGCCCUUGCAUCGGUUGCUAAAUGUAUCAUUGCCAUGGAAAAUGACUUAAUUCCCCCGAACAUCAAUCUAUCUCAACCUCGUACAGACGUGUCUGCCCUGGCAACAGGUCGUCUGCAGGUGGUGGAUCAUUCAAGACCCCUAGAAGGGCCGCUCAUUGCGAUCAAUUCCUUUGGAUUUGGCGGAGCUAACGCUCACAUGUUGAUGCAUCAUAAUAUGAAGGAGAAGAUCGGUUCCGGAGUACCGGAAGAUGAUCUUCCUCGAUUGAUUUUCUGGUCUGGUAGAACCAAAGAGGCAGUAGAAUUAAUGAUGCAGGACAUUUCCCAUCGUCCAUUGGAUGCCGAAUUCGUAGCUUUGUUACACAAUGUUCAGCGCAACAAAAUUCCUGGUCAUCGGUACCGUGGGUUUGGUAUUUUCAGCAAAAGAGGUCUGGAGCCGGCCUGCCUGGAGCUUUCUCAGGUGGAACGUAUCAAGCUCGAUACAGCACCACUAGUCGCAAUCUUUCCAGGUAUCAGCAUACGGUGGAGAGAAGAACUGGAAGCGGUUAGUCAGUUCCCUGUUGUCCAAGGUACGAUAUCCAAAUGUCGCGCCGUACUGAAAUCGCUGGGAUACGACCUGUACCAAAAGCCUACUCGGAAGACCGACCUUCGGCAGCUCCUGAUUGGAUCAACCGUGCUCCAAUUGACAUAUGCUGAUGUUCUCACGGAAAUCGGAGUACAGCUAAGCGCCUACGGUGGCCACUCCGUUGGACAGUUCACAUGCGCCUACCUUGACCGCUGUUUAACACUGGAUCAAGUUGUCCAGCUGGCAUAUUAUCAUGGAUGUGUCUUUUCAGAAUAUAAUACCGAGAUCAAUUUCAACGCUUUUCUCGAACUGGGCACUAAACGACCUACACCGCCUCUUUCUUUCGAUGGAUUUAUCCAGGGUCAGUUGCUGUCGCGGUUUGGCGUUGUUGGGGGUCCAUUGAAUCCUACUUGCGCCGUAGUUGACCAACUGAAGUCACGAGGCUUUGUUGCAGAACGUCUGCCCUUUGUAAGCUUCGUCUACGCAAAAGACUCAGGUGAUGAGAUAUCGGAAAAGCUCAAGACCUUAGUAUCUCAGGUCAUCAUGGAACCUCUGGCACCGUCAUCCCGUUGGUUCAGUUCGAAAAUUUCGUCAAACUUUGCAUCGACUUCGGAUCAUGAUUCGCUUUCUAUUGUGAAUCUAUUGGAGAAGAUCCCGGAACAUUGUCUGCUGCUGGAGCCGCUUGCCAAACAGUCGAUGGAACCCGUUCUGAAGAGCCUCAACCGCAAGGCUAAAUGCAUUACCUUAGAUCAAUCCUCUGGAGCAAUGACCAGUCUGCUAGCUAAAUUUGGACAUCUGUACCUGGCACAGCAGGACUUGAACCUGCUCAAACUGUACCCGUCAGUGCAAUUUCCUGUAGCUCGUGGUACUCCCAUGAUUUCGCCGCUGAUCCGCUGGGAUCAUCGUGACUCGUGGUGUGUCGUAAAGUACGAGUGGGUAGGAUUGCGUGUAUCAAAUCAACUUACCUUCAAAAUAUCGCUCUCGGAUCAGGACUUCCAAUACGCUUCCGGACACUGCAUUGACGGGAGGAUUCUCUUUCCUGCUACGGGAUAUCUCAGCUUGGUGUGGGAGUUGAUAGGUUAUCUGAAACAACGGGAAUUAGCGGACUGUCCAGUGCGGUUUGACGAUGUCCAGUUCCUACGGGCGACAACCCUAGCCAAGAAUCAAUCAGUCUGCCUUACGGUUAUGCUACAGAAGGCCACUGGACAGUUUGAGAUUGUGGAUGGAACUACCGCUGUUGUAACUGGAUAUGCGCGCAUGUUAACAACACCCUACGAGGAGUUCCCUACUUUUGAAGAAAACACAUCGGCCACCUUACUGACAGCUCGGGACUUCUACAAAGAGCUCAGACUACGAGGGUAUCACUACAAUGCUCUGUUCAAAUCUGUUCUGGAAGCUCGAAGCGAUGGAACGGCUGCCAAGAUUCAGUGGAAGGGCAAUUGGGUAGCAUUCUUGGAUUGUCUGCUGCAGGUCGGAAUAGUUGCCGCCGAUACGCGAUCAUUGAUGGUUCCGACAGCAAUUGAAAGUGUGACGAUCUAUCCGAAGCUGCAUCUAUCGUUGAUGUCCCGGCAAGCUGAGGAUGGUGUAGACUUUUUUAACGUAACGAAUUGUGCCAAAACUAAUGUCUGUACCUCGGGGGGUGUCAAAAUAUCCGGAAUUCGAGCCAACGUAGUAGGUAGACGCAAUCCGCCAGGUAUACCCGUUUUGGAGACCUAUAGGUUCGUUCCUUAUCAUUCUACCGAAAAGGUUCCUGUUAUGGAGGCUGUCCGAAUGUGCGUGCAAAUAGCUUUGGAAAAUGCACCAAGCGUUUUGAUCCGGGCUAUCGAGCUCCACCAAAAGGACGAUGAGCUACUGCUGCCAUUUUUCGCAGAAGCCCUUGCAGAUCUUCCGUUGGUGCAACCAUCCUUGACCCUACUGAGCUCCAAGGAAAUGGAUCUUUCAAAUAUCACCGUCAAAAACGAAAACCUAGCGAAUCAAUCUGGACUACAUUUUGUCAUCAAUCCCACCCAGACCCAGCUAGAAGACGCUGAAUUCUUACAAGAAGCCAUUGCUAGUCUGACCGUUGGAGGUUUCCUAGUCAUCCGCCAAAAAUCUUCCGAACUUGAUGUUCCACCGCAACUAGUCAAAGUGGCUAGCUUCUUGAUUGAUGAAAAACUAACUCUCAUCCUGCUGCAACCGAAGCCCAAAAUGAUUAAGGAAUCCCCGACGAUCAUCCAGGUACGCUCGAACGAGUCCGCUUUCACAUGGCUUCAAGAUCUGCAGAAUGCUAUCAAGGCAAAACCGGUUGUACUGUAUGCUCAAAACGACCCAACAUCCGGCAUAAUCGGCCUUGUUAACUGCAUCAAGAAGGAACCCAAAUUACAUACGGUUCGUUGUGUUUUGAUAGAUGACCGUUGCGCUCCGCCGUUCGCCUUGAGCGAACCAUUCUACAAACAUCAACUAAGUUUGAACUUGGCGAUUAACGUUUACCGGAAUGGUACUUGGGGUAGUUACCGACACGCGCUGAUGGACUUUAGCCCCAAAGUGGAGCCCGUUCGUAAUCACUGCUAUGCAAAUUGCCUAGCAAAGGGAGAUCUGUCAUCGAUGACCUGGUUCACCGGUCCGCUGAACACCGUUCCUACGAGAGGCGAGCUGAUACGGGUGAUGUACAGUGCGUUGAACUUCCGUGACGUGAUGAUCGCUACCGGAAGACUUUCGUCGGAUGUGCUGCACGUUAACCGGUUGGAACAAGAAUGUUUGCUGGGAAAUGAAUACUCGGGAGUAUCCACCCGUGGUCGACGGGCUAUGGGCGUCUUGCCUUGUGGGGCAAUGGCGACAUUGGUGGAGUGUGACCCACUGAUGACGUGGACCAUUCCGGAUGACUGGAGUCUGGAGGAAGCGGCGACAGUUCCCGUAGUCUAUGGAACUGUCUACACGGCUUUGUUCGUAUGCAGCCGUAUCAAAAAGGGUAGGUCGAUUCUAAUUCACGCUGGCAGUGGAGGAGUGGGCCUGGCAGCGAUUCAGGUGUGUCUUGCGUACGGAAUGGAAGUGUUUACUACAGUGAGUACCGAGGAAAAGAAGCAGUUUAUUUUGCAACGGUACCCUGGGUUGAAGGUGCAAAAUAUUGGAAACUCUAGGGAUACCUCGUUCGAGAACAUGGUAAAGUUGAGAACGAACGGACGUGGAGUGGACUUCGUGCUGAAUUCUUUGGCAGAGGAAAAGCUGCAGGCUUCGAUACGAUGCCUAGGCAGGAACGGACACUUCCUGGAGAUUGGGAAGUACGAUAUGGCGAAGAACUCGACCAUAGCGAUGGAAUUAUUCCAGAAGGGGUUAACUUUUACGGCUGUUAUGUUGGAUGCCAUGUUCAAGGGGUCGUUUGCGGAGAAACAAAGGCUUCAUGCCUUGCUGACGGCUGAUAUUCUGAGUGGAGUGAUUAAACCUCUAAACACCACAGUCUUUCCGGCCGUGGAAAUCGAGAAGGCUUUCCGUUACUUGGCCAGUGGAAAGCACAUUGGUAAGAUUUUGCUUCAGAUUCGAAGUCGCGAAGCAGAUGAGCAGACGCUACCGAUUGGCUACGUUCCGAGAUUGUACUGCGAUCCAGAUUGUUCGUACGUGAUUGUUGGUGGAUUAGGUGGAUUCGGGUUGGAGCUGGCUGAUUGGCUGGUGCUACGAGGAUGCCGCAAACUCGUUCUCAGCUCCAGUCGAGGUAUCACUAAACCUUAUCAGGAGUACAGAAUAAGAUUGUGGACCAGCUACGGAGUUCGCACAGUAGUCAAUACGGCAGACGUAACGGCUCUCGACGGAUGCCGCGAGCUGUUGCGGGAAGCAUCAGUGAUAGGUCCGGUAAUAGCCAUUUUCAAUUUGGCUGUCCAGCUCCGGGAUUCCAUCUUGGAAAAUCAAUCCGUCGAAAAGUUCGCCGAAUGUCUGGCUCCGAAGGCUAACGCUACGCAGUUCUUGGAUGAAGUUAGCCGUAAGCUGUGUCCCCGGUUAGCUAACUUUGUGGUAUUUUCCAGUGUAUCCUGCGGAAGGGGUAAUGCAGGUCAGAGUAACUACGGGAUGGCGAACUCCAUCAUGGAACGGAUCAUGGAGAAGCGCGUAGCUGAUGGUUUCCCAGGUACGGCCAUUCAAUGGGGCGCUAUUGGUGAGGUCGGAAUCGUUGCGGACAUGGCAGAGGAUAGACUGGACAUGGAGAUUGGAGGUACACUACAGCAGAGGAUUUCGUCUUGCCUGCAGGAGUUGGAUCGCCUUAUGUCGAGCAGUGAUCCCAUAGUGGGAAGCAUGGUUGUUGCGGAGAAACGAAUCGGUAGUGGAUCGCGGAACAUCAUGGAAGCAGUAAUGAACAUUAUGAGUAUUCGUGACUUGAAAACAGUCUCGAUGGAUAGUACCCUAGCAGACGUGGGUAUGGAUUCAUUGAUGGCCGUAGAAAUCAAACAGGUUUUGGAGAGGGACUUUGAUUUGGUUCUGUCUCCGCUGGAGCUUCGUACGUUAACGUUCAUGAAGCUUCAGAAGCUGAUAGAUGAGAAGAAACUUACUACCGAAGCGUUGGAAGAACCUUCCGUGAAUCGAGCUCUCAUCGGUGUGGAAAUGCUACUUCGGAACAUGGGAGACGAAGAGCACAGCGAUGAGACUUUACUGCGUCUGCCAUCGCUGGCGACUGAAGGACGCCCCAUUUUGAUCAUUCCUGGGUUGGAAGGUGUAGCCGGACACGUUUGGCGAGUGGUAGCAGCCGGUUUGAAUGCGCCCGUGUAUAUUCUGCAAACUUUGAACACAUUCGAUCUUCGGAGCAUUUCAGAAAUUGUGGAUCUUGUGAUGCCCGCACUUGACGACAAAGUGUUCACUGGAUUCGAUGACUUUUUGGUCGUUGGUUACUCUUUUGGAACGUUGAUUGCAUUCGAAAUUGUUAGAAGAUUGCAACGUAGAAAUCUCCCGGGAAAAUUGAUCCUACUGGACGGGGCUCCAAAGCUCUUGAAACAGUUAUCAAUAAUGCAAUUUGGCGAAAAUACUUCAGAUGAACAAAUCCAAAGAUCGCUCAUGGCUGCGAUCAUAUCCCAUGUAUUCCCGAAUUCUCCAAUCGAAACGGUGUAUUCGAUUAUGGAAGUUGCGUCUUUCGAUGGCCAAAUUGAGAAACUGAUUGAAGUCUCCAAAGAUCAAGCAGCCUACUCGCCGGAUUAUACAAGACGAAUGACUAGGGCCUUGUUCAAUCGCGUCAAGAUGGUGAUGGACAUGGAGCCUGAGAACGAAGAACCGCUCGAUGUUCCGAUCGUGUUGAUAAGACCUUCGGAGGUUUCGAUGGUGGAGAUAGACGAGGAAUACGGACUGGAGGGCAGUACGACGGCUUCGAUGUCGUUGAAAGCCGUCGAGGGAAGCCACAUGACGAUGUUGGAGAAUAAGGUAGUGGUGGAAAUUAUCAAUAGUUUGAAUGUGUAAGAAUCGUUGUUUAGCGGAAGAAAUAAAUCGAUGUUUGG